AUGGCCCGACUUCGAGGAAUUGAAGCCGAUCAGUCUACGCUAAGUGCCAACCCCUGGGAAGAAGAACUGCGAGAGCGAGAAGGGGGAGAGGAAGAAGAAGAAGAAAGAAAAGAAGAGAAAGAAAAACAGAUUCCAGCAAGCCAGCGGAUCCCCUCGUCAAAGCGCAGCACCCUCGAUACUCCUAAUCCACCGACCCAGAAAGGGCUGGCGCUGAUAUUCGGCAAAGUCGACCACCAGAUCGACCAACUGGACAAGCAGCUCAGCAAUGUCCAGACCGAGCUCCUGAAGACGCGAGCUGUAUUAAUGUCCCUGGGGAAUACGUUCUCCAAUCUCAAUAAGCCCGAGGCUAGCGAGCGUCUUGAAAUAGAUGCUUUCACGAAUUACCUACGCAUCAGUGACCGGUUAAAGGCGAUUGCCGAAAAGAUUUUCCUGAUCUUGCCCAAAAAUCCACGCCAUCCUCUUCCCACUCGAAAGACUUAUAAUAAUGAGGUCGUGUACGGUGGCUCUAAUCUGGGGGGACACGAUCCAGAGUCACCUCUUGAUGAUCCUGCGCCGUAUUCAGAUGAUCUGGAACUGAAUUCCCGGCAUGAGCCUGGACCCUACAGUGAGCAGACAAGGUUCUCCGAACUCGCAUUCGACGUGGGCGAUGAGGGCGACGUCUAUGAACAGAGUGCCCGCGAAUCAAGUGCCUAUGCCUCAGAUAAUUUUUUUGCACCGUCACGUCGCGGCCAAAAACCAACUAAACCAUUGCAUUCCGAGGGACCGAGAUUUAUACGCCAAUCAUCGAGCUUAACAUAUGACAGAAAACGAGGAUCAAUUUUGCGAAACAGUCGUACGGUGCAUUAUGCGCCGACAUUCCGCAGCAGCAGCAGCAGCAUCACGGCUUCUGGUAGCCUCGUCUAUGAUAAUCUGACUGAGUCAUCUCAACUGGAGGACUCGCCUAACAGUAUGCAUGUUGUCAGAAGUGGAUCCCUUGAAUCAGCUUCGUCUUCAAGGAGAAGAUUUCGAUCAUCAUUCGGUCACCCCGAUUCCAAUGCUACCGAGCUUGGAGAAAGUUUGGCAAGUUUGGCAAGGGAGGAAAGCCAGGUGGCCUCAGAUGAGCCUCGGAUCGUGUUGGUGGAGCCCAAGGGUGCGCAGGCGCUCAGCCUCGAGGCGACCUUGCAAGAGGAGCGGACCUUUCUCCUUGAAAAGCUUCAUGAAGUGCAAGAUCAACUACAAGCUGCACAGAGUAUACAGGCGAUCGAAUCCACAUUGGGGAAUGGAAACGAAGUCGAGAGCGACAGCAUUAAGGGUAAUUUAUGGACCCGAUUGAAACGCAAAUUCACAGACCACAGCAACAAGCAAGGCGAACAUGAUAUAGCAAAAUAG